CCGAUUUAUACUCCUUGCACACGAAAAAGCACGUUUGAUUAUUUUGAUUGUUUCCUCACUUUUUCUGUACACUCAAGGCGCGCAGGAUUACCGACGAACUCCGCUAAUAACUGAAAAAUGGCCCGUACAAAGCAGACUGCCCGAAAGUCCACUGGAGGUAAGGCUCCCCGUAAGCAGCUGGCUACAAAAGCAGCCAGGAAAAGUGCUCCCUCAACUGGAGGUGUGAAGAAGCCUCAUCGUUACAGGCCCGGAACUGUUGCUCUUCGUGAGAUCAGGCGUUACCAGAAAAGUACAGAGUUGCUCAUCCGUAAACUACCAUUCCAGCGUUUGGUUCGUGAAAUUGCCCAGGAUUUCAAGACCGAAUUGAGGUUUCAGAGUGCUGCCAUUGGCGCCCUUCAGGAAGCCAGCGAAGCCUACUUGGUUGGUCUCUUUGAGGAUACCAACCUGUGCGCCAUCCACGCCAAGAGAGUUACUAUCAUGCCCAAGGAUAUUCAGCUGGCCAGGAGAAUCCGUGGUGAACGUGCAUAAACUGGAACCUUGUCUUUUAGUGUGAACCUGUAUAUAUACAUAAAUGAAGCAAAAAAACAAAAGUAAAGUAGAUGGCACUAAGACGGGCAGUGGGGCUGGGUCCUGCCUCCCCUUUUUAAUAUCGGAAUAGCAACAUCCAGAAGGCAGAUCUCACGAGACGAUUCCAGAAGUUUCGUAAUCAGGGCUUCAUUAACGAGCAAAUCACAUUACACUUGUACGCUGCAUUCUGAAGUUUGUUGCAGACCUCCACAUUGUUCACAAUCGGAUUGGUAAAGACGACCAAAUGCUCUUAACGAGUUCACCCAGGUUGCAGAACAAAAUAAGCAAAUGUUGGUCCGAUGUGUGCUUCGUAUCCUAAUCCUUUCAUUGGGAAUUUAGGAUUGUCCUCAAAGGCUUGAUGAUCAAAAGUCUUAGCACAGUUCCAGAUUGGUUAUUUUGUUCUGCGCUGCGGAGAUGUUUGUAUGUAGAGCUACCACCGAGCAUUCUCUUGUUCGCAUUCUUGUGGACAUUGUGUGAUGAAUCACAAAUCUUGUCUGUACAACAUUCAUUCAAUCAUCAGGGAUUGGUGAAUUUUUUAGCCAUGUGAUAUUUUGUAUGUUUCUUUUUAUUAUUGUUGUAACUUAUAUUUAAAGAAUUUCGGUGAAGUGUUUCAGUGGUGUUUAUCAAUUACAUGUAGUUGAAAUUGUGUAAUUUGUUAGACUGUUGUACAUGCAAACCAGUUUUUAUCCCCCUUUCAACUCUGACCUCUAAAAAGCCCAGCAUUUUUAUAUAUAACAGUGAUUAAUCAUUAUGUCACCCAGAGAUAAUCAACUUGAAAUUUUUUAAUGAAAACAAAGAUACAAAUUUAAAUCAAUCAAAUAUGCUCAAUGCAUUGAUUACUGUAAUGAACCGAUUUUUCGGGAUUUUAUGUUCAUUUUAGAAGAAAAAAAAGAUGUUUUGGCAUUUUCAAAAUGGGGGGACAUCCUACUUAAAACACAACAUUUUGGAAAAUGCAAUGUAAGAUAAAGAAAAAAAAUGUCCUUAAUAUCAAUAUGUUCAAUUGUGUUUCAUGUAAUUAUUAAAAUGGGCGACAUCACAUGA